ACUGUUAUGAACAAUAGGUGCCGCCAGGGCCUAUACGUCUUGAGCGGAAGAAAUACGCCCGCGUACCCAGGUGGGUCCGAGCACACAUGACAGGGGCAGCUAGUAGCUAACGUUAGCUAGCAAAAUAAAAUAAGAAUAUUAGUCAGCUAUCUAGCUUAUCGACCAUGGAGGACCUACCUGCAGAUAUCAAAGCUUUCCUUCUGAAUCACCCAUUUUUUGAACUUACGGACGACGGCAAAAAGGUUAAUUUCCACUGCACCAAACUUAUUUUCACAAUAUCGUAUAGUUUAACUUAAUUAACGUUGGCUAGAUAGCUAAUAAUGUUAGGCUGUAUAUGCUAAUGAUGUGAACUACAUGACAUGUAUAUGACAGCAUUUUGUUUCAUCCUUUUUUUUUUCUUUAGAUCAAAUGCGUCCUCAAUGGACAUGAUUGUCCUUGCAACCUCACAGAGCUCCAGAACUUCACCAAAGGGAAGAAAUAUCAGAAAAUGAGUUCUACUGCAGAGUUCAACUAUAGUCAAUAUGAACCACAUGUUGUGCCCAGCUCGAAGCAACCGUAAGUAUUGCCCAAGAGUCAUACUCUCUCAGUAGUUGACGGUUUAGUGAUCGAGGGGGAGCACCUCUUGGCAGAUGCCAUGAUAUUGCACCCAAAUUCAAGGGGGCUAAACAUUCUCCCUAUCUCUCUCCAGACCCAUCCAGAGUUCUCCAACUGCUGCCACCAAUGCAGUGUGGUUAUAUGACUUCUGUGGUUAUCAAGUGCCUGUCUGCCUCAAGUUAUGUCCCCACUCUAAACAGUUGUUAGGGUUACUGACCAAUUCUGUAUGUCUGACCUACAGCAAUCAUCUCUUCUGCAAGUUGACACUCAGACACAUUAAUCGCUUGCCACACCACGUCUUACGGCAUGUCAAUGGGAAGCGGUUCCAAAAAGCGAAGAAGAAAUGUCAGUACUUUUUGCCACCCAAAAUGUCCUUCCUCCUACCUACACUCAAAUGUUAAUGCUUCCUUUCCACUCAGUGUUUUUCAACUGAUUGUUGAUGUGUGUUUUCAGAGGACUUUCGUUCUGCACUUUCAAUUUACCAGUGAAGCAUCUUUACAAUCCAUCAGACGUACAGUACCAGUCAAAGGUUUGGACACACCUACUCAUUCAAGGGUUUUUCUAGAUUUUUUUUUUAAACAAUUUUUACAUUGUAGAAUAAUAGUGAAGACAUCAAAACUAUGAAACAGCACAUAUGGAAUCAUGUAGUAACCAAAGAAAGUGUUAAACAAAUCAAAAUAUAUUUGAGAUUCUUCAAAUAGCCACCCUUUGCCUUGAUGACAGCUUUGUACACGUCGCAUUCUCUCAACCAGCUUCAUGAGGGCGGCAGGUAGCUUAGUGGGUAAGAGCAUGGUGCCAAUAACCGAAAGGUCGCUGGAUCUAAUCCCCGAGCCGACUAGGUGAAAAAUCUGUCGACGUGCCCUUAAGCAAGGCACUUAACCCUAAUUGCUCUGGAUAAGAGCAUCUGCUAAACAUUUAAAUGAGGUAGUCACCUGGAAUGCAUUUCAAUUAACAGGCGUGCCUUAAGUUAAUUUGUGGAAUUUAUUUCCUUAAUGCGUUUGAGCCAAUCCGUUGUGUUGUGACGAGGUAUACCGACGAGAGCCCUAUUUGGUAAAAGACAAAGUCCAUAUUGUGUCAAGAACAACUCAAAUAAGCAAAGCGAAACGACAGUCCAUCAUUACUUUAAGACAUGAAGGUCAGUCAUUACGGAACAUUUCAAGAACAUUGAAAGUUUCUUCAAGUGCAGUCGCAAAAACCAUCAAGCGCUAUGAUGAAGCUGGCUCAUGAGGACCGCCACAGGAAUGGAGGACCCAGCGUUACCUCUACUGCAGAGGAUGAGUUCAUUAGUUACCAGCCUCAGAAAUUGCAGCCCAAUAAAUGCUUCUGAGUUCAAGUAACAAACAUCUCAACAUCAACUGUUCAGAGGAGACUGUGUGAAUCAGGCCUUCGUGGUCGAAUUGCUGCAAAGAAACCACUACUAAACGACACCAAUAAUAAGAAGAGACCUGCUUGGGCCAAGAAACACGAGCAAUGGACAUUAGACCGGUGGAAAUGUGUCCUUUUGGUCUGGAGUCAAAAUGUGAGAUUUUUGGUUCCAACCGCCGUGUCUUUGUGAGACGCGGCGUGGGUGAACGGAUUAUCUCCGCAUGUGUAGUUCCCACCGUAAAGCAUGGAGGUGUUAUGGUGUGGGGGUGCUUUGCUGGUGACACUGAUUUAUUUUGAAUUCAAGGCACACUUAACCAGCAUGGCUAUCCCAUCUGGUUUGGACUUAGUGGGGCUAUCAUUUUUGUUUUUCAGCAGGACAAUGACCCAACACACCUCUUGGCUGGGUAAGGGCUAUUUUACCAAGAAGGAGAGUGAUGGAGUGCUGCAUCAGUUGACUUGGCCUCCACAAUCCCCCGACCUCAACCCAAUUGAGAUGGUUUGGGAUGAGUCGGACGGCAGAGUGAAGGAAAAGCAGCCAACAAGUGCUAAGCAUAUGUGGGAACUCCUUCAAGACUGUUGGAAAAGCAUUCCAGGUUAAGUUAGUUGAGAGAAUGCGAAGAGUGUGCAAAGCUGUCAAAGGGAAAGGGGGGCUAUUUGAAGAAUCUGAAAUAUAAAAUAUAUUUUGAUUUAACACUUUUUUGUUUUUUUUGUUACUACAUGAUUCCAUAUGUAUUUCAUAGUUUUGAUGUCUUCACUAUUGUUCUACAAUGUAAAAAUAAAGAAGAACCCCUGAAUGAGUAGGUGUGUCCAAACUUUUGACUGGUACUGUAUGUCUUUAAAAUAGAACAACCUGAAACACCACAUAGAUGGUUGUUUUCACUGUCACCUGUACAGUUUAUGAAUUGUCUAAUCUCUCCCCUAGAUGAAGAGUGUGUACAACAGGGGGUGAAGUACAUGCCAGCCUGCCUCCAACAGAAGAAGCCCAGAGAUAGAGAUGGGGAGAGGGGGCGCAACAUCCAGCGGGGGAAUGGAGCGUGGGCUCCUGACUCAAGCGACGAGGGUGGCAGCGACUCAGAGGACAGCAUGAGUGACCUGUACCCAUGUUAGUACCUCAGUCAUUUUAAUGUGUAAAACAGUCAAUUGUGACACUAGCGGUGUCUGAAUACACAUACUAGCGUACUAAAUAGUAUGCAAAAAAAAUAGAUUGAAAGUAUGUGAAAUUUCAAAUUGUACUCCUAUUUACAUUUUAGUCAUUUAGCAGACGCUCUUAUCCAGAGCGACUUACAGUUAGUGAGUGCAUACAUGUAAAUGCGCGAUUGCAUUGACUCCUGCCAUUCGUUCAUUUUGGUAUAGCCCAUUAAUUUAUCUGAUUAUCAGCUGCUGUCAAACACGUGAGUCGAAAAAGACGAGUGAAUUCUACUAGAUCAAACAGCGAAAUUAGUAUGCAGUUUAAGUAUGUAGUGCUUUAGUAUGGGUAUUCGGACACAGCUAAUGUCUGCUGUGGAUGUGCUAGAACAUACAGAAUGUGGAUUCAAGUACAUUUGACAAAUCUGCUUCCUUUCUGGAAGGUGAAAACUAAUGUCUUGCUUUUUCUUUCCCUACAGCCACUUUAUUCUCUCUGAAAAAGGAGACGGAACAGGGUAUGGAGGCGGAAAAAGAUGACAUUCAAACUGAUGAUGAGAUGGAGAUUGAUAAACAGGCGCCACAGAAACGCAAGAAGGUCAGAUGGCUUAACCCUCACGGAACUGUUUUUUUCCACCGAUAUUGUUGAGCAGUCUUUCACACAAACAGGUCUGAAUGUGGUUGUUGAGUUACUGUAAUUAGUAACACCGCUCUCUUUGUAUCUUCGACAGGUUCAGGCUGGUGGUUUACAGAAGAAAUUCAAGAAUCAUUACUGUAAAAUAAAAGGUUUUAAAGACCAUGUUAAAAAUGGAAAAUAAAGGGG